AUGUUUGCUUCCACGCUUACUUUUGUGGUUCUCCUACUAGGAGCAGUUGAGGCUUGGAAACAGCACGGUUCAUCUCCACAAUAUGACUUCGUCAUUGUUGGCGGGGGUACCAGUGGAUUAGUUGUCGCCAACAGACUUUCGGAAAUGAGAGACAUUAGUGUGGCCGUCAUCGAAGCUGGAGAUUCGGUUUUCAGCAAUUUCAAUGUUUCCGAUGUUAUGGGAUAUAGUCGGGCCUUUGGAACCGAGAUUGACUGGGCAUACGAGACCGAGAAUCAGACAUAUGCCGGAGGUUUGAAGCAGACCAUGCGUGCCGGAAAGGCGAUUGGUGGUACAAGUACGAUCAAUGGCAUGUCCUACACACGAGCCCAAAAUGUGCAAAUUGAUUCUUGGGAGUUGGCCGGAAACAAAGGUUGGAAUUGGAGGAGUCUUUUACCGUACUACAAAAGGUCGGAAGGAUUCCAGAUACCCACUAAGGAUCAAAUUGUACAUGGUGCCAGUUACGAUAUCAGCUAUCAUGGAACCAAUGGCCCAUUGAAAGUUGGUUGGCCUGCAGCGAUGACCAACAGCAGCGCUCUCACUGCACUAAACGAAACUAUGCAAAAACUCGGCAUCUCUUAUAAUGCUGAUAUUAAUGGUGGAAAAAUGGUCGGAUUCACAGUCCAUCCCGAUACCAUCGAUAGAGAGGCCAACGUCCGUCAAGAUGCUGCCAGGGCUUACUACUGGCCCUAUGAAUCCCGGACAAAUCUCAAGAUCAUCUCAAAUACUCAUGCGACCAAGAUAAUCUGGGCCAACGACUCCUACGGUGAGGCUGUCGCAAUUGGAGUCGAGGUGUCUGGCCUUAAUGGAGUGGAGGAGAUCUACGCUUCAAAAGAGGUCAUCCUGUCCGCUGGCGCUUUGAAAUCGCCCGUCCUCCUAGAACUUUCUGGUGUUGGAAACCCCGAAAUUCUCCGGAAACACGGGAUUUCUCCCAAGAUCAACCUUCCUACUGUUGGCGAGAACUUGCAAGAUCAGACCAACAAUGGCCUCACAUGGGAAGGAAAGGAUUUCUGGACUGGUCUACCAGCCUUCUCUGCUCUACCAUCGGUCGACCAGCUAUAUGGCAACGACGUCUCCGCCUAUGCCUCCGCUAUCAACUCCAGCCUUGCCGAUUAUGCAAAGUCCGUGUCUAAGGCAUCAAACGGUGCGGUAAAGGAAGCCGAUCUCUUGGUUGCUUUCCAAAUACAGUACGAUACAAUCUUCAAGUCACAAGUUCCAUUUGCAGAGAUUGUCUUUGUUCCUUCUGGAGACUCAUUUGCCAGCGAAUACUGGCAUCUCCUUCCUUUCUCGAGAGGUAGCAUCCACAUAAGAUCUUCAAACGCCUCACAGCCGCCUGCCAUCAAUCCGAACUAUUUCAUGUUUGAGCAAGAUCUCCGUGCUCAGACAGAUGUGGCUCAGUAUAUUCGCAAAGCAUAUGGUAUUGCUCCUCUUGCUGAUCUUGUCGGGGAUGAGCUUGAACCAGGCCUAGGUCUUAUUCCUGAGAACGCGCCACCCUCUACUUGGGAAAACUGGGUCAAGUCACAGUAUAGAUCUAACUUCCACCCCGUUGGCACUGCCAGUAUGCUUCCUUGGGAAAAAGGGGGCGUUGUUAACCCUGAGCUAAAAGUCUACGGUAGCAAGAAUGUAAGAGUGGUUGAUGCUUCCAUCUUGCCAUUCCAAGUCAGUGGCCACUUAACGAGCACUCUCUACGCUGUCGCAGAAAGGGCGUCUGAUCUGAUUAAGGAAAACUAUAUGCCCUAG